UCCCUAAGACAUUGUGUAUCAAUAUAUUAAACAUGUAUGCAAUCUCAAUAAACUAGAGAAUAUAAAAGUCAGCUGGCAAAGACAAAAAAGAAGGGAGUAGAACUCUCCCAAAUCCCAAUUAUGGUGGACCCAUCCUUUAAAAUAUCCAUAUUGAUAAGAAGCCAGGACAUGGGCAAUGAACAUGGAGGAUAAAUGGGUAAUAAUACUAUAUUAUGAAAAGAAUGGGGGAAAUGCUGACAUAACAAACAACAAAUUCAGCCAUUGCUAUAUAUUUAUCGCGUCAUUACCUCCAACUUUUUAUCAUGAUUCGUCAUAUCAAUCUUCCUUCUCUUACAAUAUAUUCUUUGAUGUCUUUUGGCUAUAUUCUAGGGCUUUAAUUGGAAUUUUCUCAUCUUUUUUUCGCCAAUGGACGUGGAGGAUAAGCCUGAACAUCUUCUUGUUCUUGUUCAUGGCAUCUUGGCAAGCCCAAGUGAUUGGACAUAUGCACAAGCAGAGCUAAAAAGGCGGUUGGGAAGAAACUUUGUCAUGUAUGCGAGUUCGUGUAACACUUUCACUAAAACCUUCACCGGGAUUGAUGGAGCUGGAAAGAGGCUAGCAAAUGAAAUCAUGCUGGUUGUAAAGAGGAGAGAACAUACCUUAAAGAAGAUCUCAUUUUUAGCUCAUUCACUUGGUGGAUUGAUUUCAAGAUAUGCAAUUGCUCUUCUUUAUAGUGAUGAUCUGGUUGCUGCUUCAGCUACUACAAACAUCAAGCAGAAAGGAUUAAUUGCUGGGCUGGAACCAAUCAAUUUUAUCACCUUAGCAACACCACAUCUUGGUGUCAGAGGGAAAAAGCAGCUUCCAUUUCUAUUUGGAGUUCCGAUCUUAGAGAAACUUGCAGCACCAAUUGCUCCCUUUGUGGUUGGUCAAACUGGUAGACAGCUUUUUCUUACAGAUGGCAAACCCAACAAACCACCUCUUCUACUUCGAAUGGCAUCCGAUAGUGAUGAUGGUAACUUCAUAUCAGCCCUUGGUGCUUUCAAAUGCCGACUACUUUAUGCGAAUGUAUCCUAUGACCAUAUGGUUGGUUGGCGUACAUCCUCUAUACGAAGGGAGACAGAACUUUGCAAGCCUCCUCGGCGGUCUUUAGAUGGCUACAAGCAUGUUGUAGAUAUGGAGUACUGUUCGGCUGUUCCAUCUGAAGGUCCUCAUUUCCCUCCUGAAGCAGCCAAAGCAAAAGAGGCAGCCCAAAAUGCACCCAGCAUGCAGAACACAUUGGAAUAUCAUGAAAUUAUGGAAGAGGAAAUCAUACGCGGCUUACAGCAGGUCAGUUGGAAGAAAGUUGAUGUUAGCUUUCACUCAGCAUUUUGGCCUUUCUCAGCUCAUAACAAUAUCCAUGUAAAGAAUGAAUGGUUUCACAAUGCUGGAGCUGGAGUAAUUGCUCAUGUGGCGGACCACAUAAAGCAGCAAGAGAAGCAACAGGAAUGCUCCUUAUUUAUUACUGCUAGUUUGUAGCUUAUGCAGAUAAGUUCAGAAAUGAAUUGAUACAUCAAUUAGUAAAGCUUGAUUCUUCUGAGGCAAUUGCAAUUCUGAUAAGUGUUUGUAAGAAAAAAAAUACAAACAAAGAACUUAGUCACCUUGAAUGAGAUAAAUCAUAUGCGUGCUUCGCAACAUCAUUGUAGUUUUGUCCCUUGAGAGAGACGCGAGCUUUUGACAUGUCAUGCCAAUCCACUGUCGCCACUUAUUGGCUGUUAAUAGUGCUCUCUCUCCCCCUAAUGCCCAUCCGAGUUUCAAAAUUGGUUAAUCAAUCCAACUGAGUAUUGGACUUC